AUAAAGUCUGUCACGCGGGCGCGCGCUGCUUGUCACCACUGACUGUUGCACACGGAGGAAACGGUACGCUGCUCUCUCUCGGGCUGUGCUCAGACCCUAUCUCUUAUCUCACCCGCCCUCGGUCUGUUUACACGCAAAACAGUCCGUUGUUGACUGGAAUACGAUACGAAGAUCCUGCUACUAGGCAGGUUUCCUACACGUGUUCUACUGCUCAGUAUGCCAGAACGCAUGGACUAAUUUAACGACGAUGGCUUCGUUGCGAAUGGUCGCCAAACUCCGUGCUGGAGUUGUCGGAUGUACUAAACCGUUCCCCUACGCACUCAAAACAACCCGAUCUCCGGUGAAAUUACUGCAUACGAUCCAUCCCAGACAGCCACAGUGGAGGUGUCCUCCCCAAGUGGUCUUCUGCAGUACUGUAGCACCCUCUAGUGAUGUGGUGUUGCAGUAUAAACAUGGACGACCGAUGCUGGCUGUGCCGCUACCCUCCAGGCAGGAGAGCUGUCUGUUCUUCCUCAGGCCCAUGUUAAUGACUGUAGGAGACCUCAUCCACGACCUGCAGAGAGAAGACCCAGGAGUCACCUCUGCCUCUGUGCUCACCAAAGAUGGUGCCCGGGUAGCUAACAGCACCUCUAUAGACACCACCUCCUGGACAAAGACUUCCAGCUCCUCAUCAAUGAUGCUGUUACAACAUCCACUCCCUGAAAGAGGUGAAGCAACUCUCCAAAACAUAAAUAGUUGA